AUGGAAAGGUUAGAUCUAAUUUCUAAAUUGCCACUCCCAAUUUUGGAUCACAUUUUGUCUUUCCUUGCUAUUAAAGAUGCUGCUAAAACUAGUGUAUUGUCUAAGACUUGGAACAGUGCUUGGAAUUCCCUCUCCUCCUUAGAAUUUGGACCAGAAAAUUUUGGUAGUCCUUAUUACGUGUCUUAUGUAUUUGUGGAUCAAAUUCUGGCAAAACGGCAAAAGCAUAAGAUUUCUAUACAGAGGUUCAACAUGAUAUAUUUUCCAAAUUAUCUGAAUGUAGAUAAUUGGUUUAAAAUACUGGUAGAAUGUAAUAUCAAAGAGUUGUGGUUUGAGUUUGCAACACGAUAUCCUGGAAAAAAGUUGCCUGAAGUAAUCUUUGCUGCCAAAGCUCUAAAUGUGCUUCGUUUAGGUGGAUUUAAGAUUGAACUACCCUCAAAUGGCGUAAAGUUUUCCUCUUUAAAAGAGUUACACCUUGUGAACUCUUUUCUGGACGAGCAAUUGCUUAAAGCUAUAUGCACAAUAUUAUAG